AUGGCCAACAGCACCAUUCCGUACAUUGGCAGCAAGAUCAGCUUGAUCUCCAACUCGAACAUUCGUUAUGAGGGCAUCCUGUACACGAUCAACACCCAGGAGUCCACCAUUGCAUUGCAGUCAGUCCGCUCCUUUGGCACUGAAGGAAGAAAGGUGCCAGAGAUCCCUCCGUCCAGUGAAAUUUACGACUUCAUCAUCUUCCGCGGUCAGGACAUCAAGGAUCUGACCGUGCUGGAAGGUAGCGGUGCGGCCCAGGGCGCCUCGCCCCAUUUGAACGAUCCAGCCAUCAUGUCCAUGAAGAAGCCCGCUGGCGGCCCUGGCAUGGAUGCACUGGGCAAGGCUGGGAAGGCCGCGCCCAAGGGUAACUACGGCUAUGGGGGUGACAGCUGGGGCACCCCUGCCAAGGGAGGCAAGGCAGGCAGAGCUGCGGACAACUUUUGGUAUGGAUCCGGCGCCCAAGCCUCGAGUGGCUGGGGAAAAAGCGAAAAAGGCGCUGGUGCAGGCAAAGGAUGGGACAAGGGCUACGACAAGGGCUACGAGAAGUCUUAUGAUGACAGAGGGUACGACAAGGGCUAUGACAGGUAUGACAAAGGUGGAUACGGAAAGAGUCUGGAGAAAGGCAAGGGAAAGCCAAUGAAAGGCGAGGAGAAGGGUGCAAAGGGCAAAGGUGAUGACGCAUAUGAGUCUUGCGAGAUGGUGCCCAUGGCUGCUGGUGUUGGCCAGCGGAGCGCAGGUGAGCGUGCCUACACGAACAACCCUGUGUGCAUCAAGAACAGGUGUGUCAACCCUCUCACGCCUGGACUGAAUGAUUUGCCGCGCCUUGCAGGUCUGGUAUGGCAGUGUUCUGGUGCAGGGGAUGUGCAGAAGUAUCUGCAAUUCUGCAAGGCGGCCGUGGACUAUGAUGCUGCUAUUCCUUCACCGGCAAACAGUAGUGUCGCUCUUGACACCGUCGUGCAAGCCCAGGAUGAAGCAGCAUCUACCAUGUUUGUCUAUCAUCUGAAUGGCCUUGGCUUCGAGACGUGGGACUUCAAGCACCAGGAGGACAGAGACAGUAAUCCAUGUGUUUAUCGCAUCUACGAACUUGUGUGCAUGACCUACUUUCCAAGAAACCAGGGGGGAUGCACAGCUGGCUCUCAGACUCCGUAUUUGAGACCCUGCAAGACAUCGUGCGAGAAUUAUCUGUCCGCUUGUGACGUGGAGUGCUGUGAUGACAGUGCACACUGCGUCUUUGAGCUGUCCUCCAAUCUUGGAGGAGGCGAGGAGAGCAAAGUUUCAGGAUAUGCUGAUUUUGAAGCUCCCUCGGCCUUUUGUACAGGCCACAGUGGGUCAAGCCGCCUGGGUGCAUCGUUCACACUACUGUUAAUGCUCUUUGGCUUGCAGGCGACUAGACUAGGCUCAGAGCGAGCGUCGCCUCGAGGAACAGAUCCAGUACUGGUCAUGCUCCUGCUUUGCGCGGCCGUUUCCUUGCAAGGUUGCAGCUUGGAGAUCCCGACUCAUGCAAGAGAAAAUUGGCGCAGACAGCCAGAUUAUCUCAUCAAGUAUGAGCAUGUCGCCCCAGGCCAGCCUCCGUCAGCAGCGAUACUCAACUCCUGUAGUGCGGGGGCAUCGUCACGGCAGGUGUGUUCGGGCCGUGGCCAAUGCGUGCCGUGGCACAGGCUCCCUCUGGCGCUUGCAGAUCCGGGCGAGAGCAUCGUGGAGCUCUUGAGACUUUUGUCCCGUUGCUGA